AUGCAAACGGCUGGAAGAUCGUGGGCAGAUAUUGUUGGUUCGCAGAAUUUAAGUCAAGGUGCUGUACCAUUACCACAUGCUCGGUUUGGAGCUAGGGUUGCUAGACCCAACUCUGUUGUGUUGCAUACCCAAGCGUUUAAGGAUUUUACAGUGCGUGAGGUCAUGGAUGCCGUUUUAAAACGUGUGAGACAAAAUACAAUUAAAUGUGUGCAACAAUUUCCGGGACCUCGGUAUCGUUGACUUUUCGCUCGUUGGAAUAUAAACAAUUCUUUUUAGAUCAUGAGCCGUUUCAUUGCUCAAGAGCUUGAUAUGCCCACGUUACUGGUUAAUGUUUUGUAUGCCCCUAAUGAAAUUUCUAAUCAAACGAUAACUGCAACGUUGCCGAAGUAUGGCAAAAUAGUGAAGGUGGAUCGGGAAAUGUAUCGUGAUUGGCUUAAUGUCUAAACUGAAGGGAUUCCCCGUCGUCUCUUUAUUGGCCCUUAUCCGAUAUAAACUAGUUAUCGUGGGCAAGUGCCUUUAAGUGGCAGAUGUGGCCAAUAUGGACAUCGUGUUGCUACAUGUUCGAAUGAUAUAAAGUGUUUCAUGUGUGGUCAAAAUGGUCACAUACAACAUCAAUGUUUCAAGUGUUUUUUAUGUGGCCAGUUUGGGCAUGUCAGGGCAAAUUGUCUAGAAAAUCGACGUAAAGUGUCCAUUGACAUAGAUGAUGAAACGUCGGAAAGUAAUUUGAGUAACGAUAUCGGUCGUGAUGAAGACGGUAGCGAAGUCUCCCGGUCGAGUGAUGAAGAUAUGGACCCUGUGGAAUCGACAUGUUGUAAGGAUCCAGGUGGCAUCAGAGAUGAAGUUAUGAACGGGAUAUACAAUGAUGCCAGCCAACAUCACCCAACGGAACGAGGAUCUGUCCAAACAGUCGAGAACAACAAAAGAAAAGCAGAAGAGGACGUUUCCAUACCUGACGAAGAUGUUAAGGUUCCUAAAGACUCCACUGACUAA